GCUACCGUGGGAAUGUAGUUUUUAACAGUGACAACUCCAAAUAGGUGUUGUUUACAUAGUCAAAUAUUGUCUUACGAACAAUGUAUCGGAAGUGUAAUUUGGUUCGGUCGAUAUCUAGCUCACCGGUUAUUUCAUACGUCUGAUAUUAUGGACAUAUUUGGGCGUUUUGUUGUGAAUUUGCUCUUCCGGGGUACUAGCCAGUCAGGUAGCUAGCUAGUUAGCUAAAUUACUCAACUAGUGUCACUUCAGUGAAAUGUGUUUCUUGUGACACAACGGAAACAUAAUUUCACAGUGGUUCACAACCAAGAGUUGGUCCUUUAUUGUCGUGUUAAUCGAAGGCCCGUCUUAUACAGGAUUCCUCCGGAAUUUGGCCUGCUUUCGAAGAGUCGCGAUGCUGAACGUCCCAUCCCAGUCGUUCCCUGCAGCCAGCUCUCAGCAGCGUGUUGCUCCAGCCGGUCAGUCCGGCAGGAACAAGGUAGCAUUGAAGCCUGGCCACAGUCUGAUGGACUGGAUCCGUGUGGCUAAGAGUGGCCGGGAUCUGACAGGGCUGAGAGGGAGACUCAUAGACGUCACAGAGGAGGAGCUGCAGAAACACAACACACAGGACGACUGCUGGACCUGCAUACGAGGCAUGGUUUAUAAUGUGAGCCCCUACAUGGAGUUCCACCCUGGAGGAGAAGAGGAACUUAUGAAGGCAGCUGGGAUAGACGGAACAGACCUUUUUGACCAGGUCCACAGGUGGGUAAACUAUGAGUCCAUGCUAAAGGAGUGUCUGGUAGGGAGGAUGGCUGUGAAGGCCAGCACUGCUCUCAAAGCUCAAUCGGUGACAAAGGACAGCAUCACUCAUUUGAAUGGUCUAGCCCCUCCUCCCCCCACCUCCAUGCUCCCUCCUGCUUUCCUCACCCCUCCCUCACCCUCCUCAUCACUGCAACCCUCAGCCGCCCCGCCACCACCCCAACCCAAAGACGCCCGGCCCAGGUAUGACUGGUUUCAAACUGAUGUCACGGUCAAUAUUGUGGUUUACACCAAACGGAAGCUCCCCAGCUCUGGCUGUACCAUAGUUGACCUGCAAGAUGGUGUUCUACGGGUGGAAGUUCUUCUGGGGAAAAUGUCCUACGUGCUGUGUCAACGUCUAGCCCAAGAAGUAGAGGGAAGCGUUGCUGUCCUGACAGCCUGUGCUGUGGGGAAGAUUGAGGUCAGCAUGCGUAAAGCGGCCAAAGGAAAGUGGGAGGAGCUUGGUCAACCACUGGAAUUCCAUCAUUCUCUUUUCAGGAAGAAAGAUCGAGCGAUCUUCUACAGGGAGUGUAUGUUAGUUUCUAAGACAGAGGUCACACAUGACACAUGGGUGUUCCGGUUACAGCUCCCUCUAGGGACGCUCAUGCACGUGCCUGUUGGGAAACACAUCUACCUCAAGGCCCUCAUCCAAGACAGUGAGGUGGUGAAGCCCUACACGCCGGUCGAGGAAACACUGGUACCAGCUACACAGGACUCUACACAGGGGACCGCAGCCACUGACGUCUUCCUCAUGAUCAAAGUCUACCCAGAUGGAGUGUUGACUCCACACCUAAACAACCUCAACAUCGGUGACCACCUGUCUGUCAGCAGCCCGGAUGGUCCGUUCAGUCUCCGCCUCCUGCGUGAGGUCACUCACCUCUACCUGUUAGCAGCUGGCACGGGGUUCACGCCCAUGGCUCGGGUGAUCCGAUUGGCCCUCCAGGACCUGGGCUCACUCAGGAAAACCAAGCUGAUGUUCUUCAACCGACAAGAAAGAGACAUCCUGUGGCACUUUGAACUUGACAGCCUCGCUGCUAAAGAUGAGAGGUUCCAGGUGGAGUAUGUUCUGUCAGAGCCAUGUGAUGGAUGGACAGGCAGGAAGGGGCGAGUUGAGGCCUCCAUGCUGACUGACUUCCUGGUUAGGCCUGAGGGCUCAAAGGUCUUUGUGUGUGUGUGUGGCCCCUCAGCCUUCACCGAGCUGACUGUGGGGUUGGUGAGACAGUAUUGUUUCAGUGACGAGGAGAUUCAUGCGUUCCAGGGCUGAUUAUGGAGUGUCAGACUCAGACCUGACAUAUCUCAACCUCACAGCCUGAGAUGUCAAUGGGACAUUGUGUGAGAGCAACGUGUGUGUGUGUGAGAGAGAAGACACAGGGUGUGAGAGAGUGUGUGGGAGAAAAUGGAUGUUGUUAGGCCACCGGCCAAUGUGUUUUUUGGAACAAUGUCUUUCUAUGCACUGUAGACUGAACUGAUGGACCUGACUCCUGUGGUUAGCAGCGAUGCCAGAGACCCACAGAGGCUCUUUGAGGCUGGAAGGAAAGCAGCUCUGUCUCUCUCUCUGUCUCUGUCUCUCGCUCUCUGUGUGUGUGUCUGCCUCACUCUCUCUGUCUCUCUCUCUGGUGCUUUGAAACACAGAUGGACAGUCAUUCUCUCUGGUCGCUAAGGACGUGACCGCUGGGCUCUCUGAGCUGGUGAAUCACACACAAAGGAUGAAUGGCCAAUUACCCAGCAGCACUGAACCCUCAGGUCAACAUCCUCAGCUCACUGUCUGUCUCUCUCUGUACCAGAGUUCUUUGAACAGUCCUGUCCUUGUACACUCCUCUGCUCUGACCACAGAGAGAGAGGUCUGGGGUUGUUUAUGAGAGGUCACUACCAUGUCUUACAUACUGUAUCUCAACAACAUCUCAAUCUAUCUCCCAGUCCACACACACCCGCUACAUUGUGAUGUUAUCUUUGCUGUCGGUCCUCCCAAAAAGCAGGACUUUGUGAGCGUUUCAUUAGUUCUGAUCAUUACAUCUUCCUUUUGUUUAAGAAGUAAUGAGAAUUUCCAACCUGCUGUUGGCAUAUGAGACAUCCUCCUACAGAGAGUUAUUAUUAUUCAGCUAGUUGCUAUGGCUGUGCUGCUGCUGUUGCCUCUGGUCUGUUCUGCAGCCUGUGGUUCUGUUUGAGAGAGACUGAUGGUUAAGCAGACCAGUCUUCAGAAUCAGUACAUUUACUCUCUCUUUCUCUUGUCUCUCUCUUUUAUCUCUUUCUUUCUCUCUCUCACAGGUUGAUGUUGUAGUACUCACAGUAGGUGAUACAUACCAAUGGGAAUACAUUAUGCAAUACAUUACACACCUAUGUAAAUGUAUUUAAUUAAUUAAUUUAAUUAUAUUUGUAUUAAAUGUAUUUAUUUAAUUAAUUCAUUAAUACCUAAAGCCCACAGUGAUCUGAUUUAAGUGCUUGGCGUUUGAUGCAGUUAAAUGAUUCUAAAAUGCGUCAGAGAACCCUUUAUUCUCUCUCACUCUUGUGAAAUACAUGAGGUUGGUAAGACACCAACUAGAUGUGCUGCUAAGUAAUGCAGCUCACAAUCAUCCUGUUUUUUCCUCUUGGAACAUCAAACUGCCAGACAGAACUAUGUCAAUCCUGCAGAGUUUGUCUAAGAUGUAGCUCAUCUAUUAACCUAAUGAGAGAGGCUCUUAUCUGGACGAUUCCAGCUGCAGUCAGUCCAUCUGCCUCUUUACAUGUAUCCUUUCAGACAUCAUUACUGAGUCAAUCUGGGUGAAAAUGGAACGAAAUGUCCAUGAAAUUCAAGUUGUGUUUUCAUGAAGUCUAGGAGAUGUCGUUUGGAGGAAGAGUCUUUUAUAUUGGACAUUGGUAUAUAGAAAGGAUGUCCAUGCGAUCUUCACCUUUUUACAAUUUUUUCUCUAAUUUGUACUCUGUAGGAAGGUACCAUUUAUAAACCUUACCCUGCGUGGUAUUUACUUUUUAAUAACAUGAAAGUACAUCAUGUCAUGGUAAAUGUGUUCCUUUUUCACACAAAAUGAAUUGCAGCAUUUCUUACCACUGAACAUUACCAAGAUCACACCUGUCAACGUAACACACAUGGCCAUGCUACGUGCAAUACUAUAACAGUUACACUUCUAUGGAUGAAGACUACUUGAUGAAAGUACCAGUUUAUUUUUGACAGGCGAAACAAUGAGUGAAAUGUCUUGGGUUCUGGUUAUAAAGAAAUACAGGAGCUGAUUAUUUAGAUUGAGCUUCACUUGGUUUUGUAGCUCAUCUAAUCUUGAUCUAACCAGAUAUAUUUUAAUGCAUAUCCAGCUUUGUACAUCAUGCACAUUAUAACUUAACAUGUCAAUCAUAUGAGCUGUCCUGAAGCAAAUUAAAAGAUGCACUAAACGUUUUUGUUGUGUUAAGAUUUGGAGA